CCCCAAAACUCAAACUACUCUCUCUCUCUCUCUCUCUCUCUCUCUCAUCACUGCCAACUCUCACAUUACAUCUCACUACAACACACUACAAAAACCACUCAAACAAAAUAGGGAUUCCAUGGCUUCUUCAGCUACUGCAACAGCUUCAAGUACAUGGGCUAAGCCCAAACCCUCUACUCCGUCACUUGAAUUGGGCUCUCUCUCUAGCUCAAUCUCUUUAGCUAAGCCCAAUAGACCACACCACCAACACAAUCCAAAGCUAUCAACAUAUCAAACACCAACUCCACCAACUCCUGUUAUUGCCAUUAUCGCUACCACUACUAUCGCUACCACCGUUACUAUCCCGACUUGCCCAAACGAGAAUACAUUAAAUCCGUCAUCGCUGUCUCCGAAAUGGAAUUUCUUACAGAGAGCCGCGGCGGCGGCUUUGGACGCGGUGGAGACCGGGUUGGUGGCACGUGAGAAGGAGCAUCCUCUUCCGAAAACAGCCGACCCGGGAGUCCAAAUCUCCGGCAAUUUCGCUCCGGUACCGGAACAACCCGUCCGGCAUCACCUUCCGGUCACCGGGAAAAUACCGGAAUGCAUUGAAGGAGUCUACGUCCGGAACGGAGCAAACCCAUUGUUCGAGCCGGUCGCCGGCCACCACUUCUUCGACGGCGACGGCAUGGUCCACGCCGUCGAGUUACGUGGUGGCGCGGCCAGCUAUGCUUGCCGGUUCACUGAGACACAGCGAUUCGUUCAGGAACGAGAUUUAGGCCGUCCGGUAUUCCCCAAAGCUAUCGGCGAACUCCACGGCCACUCCGGUAUUGCUCGGCUAUUGCUAUUCUAUGCUCGCGGGCUAUUCGGGCUAGUCGAUCACUGCCACGGCACCGGCGUAGCCAACGCCGGACUCGUUUACUUCAACGGCCUAUUACUCGCCAUGUCCGAAGACGAUUUACCGUACCACAUCAGAGUCACUCCCUCCGGUGAUCUCGAAACAGUUGGUCGGUACAAUUUCGAUGAUCAGCUCGAAACCACCAUGAUUGCUCACCCCAAGCUCGACCCAAUUUCUGGUGAGCUCUUCGCUCUAAGCUACAAUGUCAUUCAAAAGCCGUACCUCAAGUACUUCCGAUUCUCACCAUCAGGUGAGAAAUCGCCGGACAUUGAAAUCCCACUAUCUGAAUCAACAAUGAUGCAUGACUUCGCAAUCACCGAGAGGUUCGUGGUGAUUCCUGAUCAACAAGUAGUUUUCAAGCUCCCGGAAAUGAUCCGUGGUGGGUCUCCUGUGGUGUAUGACAAGAACAAAGUGUCCAGGUUUGGGAUUUUGGAUAAGUAUGCUACUGAUUCUUCUGGAAUCAAAUGGGUUGAAGCUCCGGAUUGCUUUUGUUUCCAUCUUUGGAAUGCUUGGGAAGAGCCCGAGACCGACGAAGUGGUGGUGAUCGGGUCCUGCAUGACCCCACCGGACUCGAUUUUCAACGAAUGCGACGAGGGUUUACAGUCUGUUUUAUCAGAAAUCAGGCUCAAUUUGAAGACUGGCAAGUCCACUCGCAGACCCAUCAUGAGCGAGUCUAAUCAAGUCAAUUUAGAAGCUGGGAUGGUGAAUCGGAACAAACUCGGACGCAAAACCCAGUUCGCUUACCUCGCGAUCGCUGAGCCGUGGCCUAAAGUCUCUGGUUUCGCUAAGGUCGACUUGUUUUCUGGUGAGGUGAACAAGUUCAUGUAUGGUGAUGACAAGUAUGGUGGUGAGCCUCUGUUUCUUCCAAGAGACCCCAAUUCAGAAAAUGAAGAUGAUGGGUACAUUCUUGCUUUCGUGCACGAUGAGAAGGCGUGGAAAUCGGAACUUCAAAUUGUAAACGCCACGACUUUGGAGUUGGAAGCUUCGAUCAAGCUUCCAUCUAGAGUUCCUUAUGGUUUUCAUGGUACUUUCAUGAGCGCCAAAGAUUUAGCCAAGCAGGCCUAAUUGUGAUCACCUAUGAUUGGCAGUGUUUGUAGAUUGUUCUUUUUUUCUCUAUUCUCAAAUUCUGUGUCUCAGGAUUUGAGUACAGAGAAUUUCGUGCCGUCAUUACAGCGAAGAUUUACCAGAGGGAUGGCUGCAGAGAGGUCCCCGGAGUCUUCCUAGUUGUUUACCUAUAUGAUUUGUGUUUUUAGAUUGUCUUUUGGAGCCAAUAAUUCUCCGUCCCCAAAUUUCUAUCACUGUCUCAAUUCACUCUCAGUCUGCAUUGGAUAUUGGGACAGACGAUUUGGGAACAGAGAAUUUCGUGCCGUAUUGUUACAGCAGAGACUUACCAGAGGGAUGGCUGGAGAGAGGUCCCCGGAGUCUCCUAGCUGAUAAGAUUAACAACCCUCUUUAGAUGAUGGGUUUGUAAUUUUUUUUUUGUUUUUGUUUUUUUGGAGUUGAUUGUCUGUGAGAUGUUUUGAGGGGACCAGCUUGUAGCUUUUGGGUGUAGUUAGAAUUGGAGCUCAGCUGGUUUCUGCUCAUUCUUUUUUACUUUUACUUAUAUAUUUGUGCAUCAGAUGGUAUAUAGUUAUAGAAUGUGUUGUGUGUUGUGUUCUAUAUAUGUCUGUUUCUCUUGUGAAUAAUGACUUGUAUAUUACUCUCA